ACCCAGGGGAGUUGGAGGAGCGUCGUCCGCGCGCCAUUUGGCGGAUUGACCAUAGACUUCUCUGCCUAGAGCGGGUACCAGUGCAGCCCACUUUGGCGGCGAAGGAAGAGCCUCUGUUUUCCGUCUCCGUCAAGAUGGCGCAGCAAGUCAACAUCUCGGAGCUGUCCUUGCCGCAGCUGGAGGUGCUGAAGAGCCAGCUGGACCAGGAAGUGGAGUUCCUUUCUUCCUCAAUUGCACAACUAAAGGUGGUACAGACAAAAUACGUGGAAGCAAAGGACUGUUUGGCUGUACUGAAUAAAAGCAAUGAAGGAAAAGAGCUGCUGGUCCCACUCUCCAGUUCAAUGUAUGUUCCUGGAAAGCUCUCUGGCGUUAACCAGGUGCUUAUAGAUGUGGGGACUGGUUACUACAUUAAGAAAAGGUAA